AUGGCUCUCAACGCUCUGAAAAGGCGCAAUCGUCAGCAAGAACUCCUCGAUUUCUCGUUGAAGGACGUGUACGAGAAGAUGCAAAUGGAUCACCUGGAUCUACAGGAGCGGCUGCGAUCCAUGGGGCUGCUGGCGUUGCCAUUGUGCCCUCUUUGUCAAGGAUCUAUGAGUCCCAGAAACGAUGAGCACCGCAACGGAUGGGUGUGCCACCGUCGACCAUGCCGAACUGGACCAUCGAACGAAACAAAGGUGUAUGUUCCAGCUCGAAAAGGCUCCUUCGAAAAUUCGAACCCCGCAGAGUCGGCCGUGUUUGCGCUCAGCUACUUCUCGCUGCGCGACAUGGGUACCGUGAAGGACAAGGUUUACGAACUUAACAUCGGUCACGGUAGUGUUGUCCAGUGGGAGCAGUACUUUCGCGACGUCUGCGCCGAGCACUACAGAAGGAAUCCUCCAGUUAUUGGUGGGUUCGGAUGUACAGUGGAGAUUGACGAAACGCUGGUGGCGAGAAGGAAGUACAGUCGUGGUCGAUGGGUAUGCAGGCACCAGUGGCUUUUUGGGCGGUAUCGAGAGAGGGAGCGGACGAGCAUAUCUGAGGCUGGUGCGAAGGAGGGACGCUCCGACUCUGCUUCGUCUUAUCGGAAAGUAUAUAAGACCUGGCACGACGAUCAUCAGUAA